AUGCCAGGGAAAAGUGAGGGAGGCCGGACAGCCCCACGAGUUCCAAGAGCAGCAGCAGGCGCAGAUAACUGUUGUUCCCGAGAAGCGCGCGAGGGGUGUAUGUAUAAGCCGCGGGGAGGACGGUUGAGUUCGAAGUUUGAUGCAGCUGCAAAAAAAGCUCAGCUUCGCACAUGGGUGCAGUGGCGGAAGCAGACGGCGUGCCUUGCCCCACCAUACAAGAUGAUUCUCAUGGUGGAGUACGACGUUAAGGUGAUGCUAGCGUUGAUGGUAAAGGUGCUGCUUAUUAGCGCGUACGACGUCCGUCAGCAAGCCGGUCGUACAUACGACAAUGCAGGCGAGGUGCUUCCUUCAGGCGUCGCCUUGCUACUUGCGACAGUAGGACCUCUGGACGAAGAAGAUGUUUUUCUGGACGUUGGAGCUGGAGUUGGCAACAUCCUCGCCCAAGUCGCUCUUACAACGGACGCUCGACUUUGCGUUGGUAUCGAAUUUCGACGCGUCCUUGUCUCGCUCGGUCAGCGCUGUUUGCACCAGCAGCUCAAGAUUCAGCCGCGACUGGAUAAGGUAAUGCUCAAGUUGCUAGAUGUUAGAGAUGUUUCUAUGUCGAGGCAUUCUCCCAUUUGCGAAGCCACCAUUGUCUUUGCUAACAUCUUUCUAUUUGACGAAGAUGCUAAGUUGAUCGUUUCACGAGAGCUCAGCGCAAUGCCAUGA